CGAACGGCCUCAAAAGGCUGCCAGAAGAGCCGCACGAAAGAACUGGAUUGCAUUUGGAUUUCAGGAGCCAACGUUUCCGCAUAGCUUGGGUAAGCAAAUUGGAUGCAAACUCUUUGUUUAUAAACAAUACAACAAAUCUGAGUGAUCUUAUAAUCAAAGACUGGAUUUGGAGCACACAUAACAUUCAAACACAUCGUUCAACAAAAACAACAAGCCGAUUCGGAACUCUGUUCUAAAAGUAAGCUUGAUGAAGAUGCUCGGCCAAAACAGCACCAGUUUGCUAAACCUCAGCAUCGGUGAUGGAGGAGGCAACCACGGACAGGUGCAAUCUCAAUCCCUGGACAUGGAUCCACUGCCAAAGCAGUUCGUUGUGUCCAUGAAGAAGCUAUUCGAUAUCCUGGACGAUAAGCAGAGCGGUUACGUGCGGUACACUGAUAUUGAGAAGGGCUGGCAGGACGAUGGUUCCAAAGGAUUACCGCGUGGGGUGCUGGACUCACUGCGUCGAGUCACUCCCCCCAGCAGUGGUCUGCUCUCUUUCGAGCGCUUCUGUGCUGGCCUCAAGUUGUGCCUUCUCCGCAAUCAACAGCAGGCAGUUGAGGACUCGAAAAUGAGGUCUCAUUCCCAGGUGAAUCUUUCUCCGGAAAUGGACUACAGUUCACCUGCACCACCGCCCAAGCCCCCACGACAGGUGUCCAAGUCACCUGCCUUGGGAAAAGCCGACAUACGCCAUGCCCUUCAGAAUUGGCAGCUAAACCUAAUGGCGGACGCCGGGAAACCGAAGGUUCCUCCGUCGAGAGAACAAUUUGAGCACCGUGGCUCUGCAGAUGGUGGUUCCUCAUCCACCUCCGCCUCGGCUACCGACUGGAGUCUUGCUCUCCCCGCGGUGCCCAAGAAAACAAGUAGCAAGCGCAGGGAAUCCCGAAGGCACACUUUGCAACACGGCAUCGAUUACAACAUGUUGAAGCGGAUGAAGCAGUUGGAGGAGCAGCGAGAACUGCUCCUUUUUGGACUCGAUGGUGUAGAAAAGGCGCGUGAUUGGUACAUGCAGCAAGUGCUGAACGUCCAGGAGCAGAUCAAGUAUUUCGGCCGCUUGGGAACCAGAUUUGAACAGUGGUCUGAGCUCCAGCAGGAGCGGCUUAACUUCCAACGUGCCCGUGUCCUAGAGGCGAAUCGAAGUCUCCAGAUUCUGGCAGAUACAUGGGAACACGGCGGAUACCCACUGCACAUAAACCUGGCCCUGCCGACGCCGACUGUCCCGAAACCACGACAGAUGUCCGAUCUUCUGAGCCGUGUCCGGGAGAAGACGCCGGUCUUGUCAAAUUUAUAUGAUCCACAUCACUCUCACUCCCAUCCGCAGUUUUUGCGUGCCAUGUCAAACUUCGUGCUUAGCCAACCCUCUCCGGUCAGCCAAUCCUCCGCCGGACUAGGAGACGCCGAUGUGGUAUACUGA